AACUAGAUGCACGAGUCCUUGGCCUUGAGGCAACGGCAUUUGCUGUUAUGUUCUUGGCAAUAUUUGCGACUAGCUAUGAAUCCUGCUGCAGCGGUGACGACGAGGACACGGGCUGGUGUGGCCUCAUAGGUGGAUGUUGUUUAAUGAUGUUUCCGGUUGCAGGAUUGUUCAGUUUCAUCGGAUGCAUGAUCAUUGCCGGAAGUUAUUCCACGUCUGAGCUUGGUUGGUCAUUUUACCUCUGCCUCACUUCCGGUUGUCUGAUUAUCAUCAUGACUGUGUGCCUAUGUUAUUGUUUCUGCAAGGUUCUCAAGAAUGACGACGACGACGACGGACCAAGACAACAAUCAUCCGGUGGAAUGGUUCCGUACGAGGGUUAUGGAGGUGUGGCUCCUUAUGCAGGGGGACAAAGUGGCGUGGCUGUGGCUCAGGUGGAGCAGAGAGCAGUCGUUCAUGACCCAGAAAGUGGAGGUUUUCUUGUUGUUAUGAGAAAAUUUACGAUCGCGCACAUCGUUCAUAACCUCCGAGAAAAUUAAGAUGUGCCUAACAAUUGGUCCUAUAAUUUAAGUGUGCCUAACAAUAGGUCUUUAAAUUAGAUUGUUCCUAGCUAAUGAUCCUGUAAUUAAAAUGAUGGACAACUAGCUUCUUAAAAUAAUACACCUAUGACUGUUCACAAUGUAUAUAUAUAUACAUAUAUAUAUAACAUAUUCUUAUUUUGGUAUGUUAUAUAGUUUAUUUAUGUCAUAUAUAUAUAUAUAUAUAUAUAUAUAUAUAUAUAUAUAUAUAUAUAUAUAUAUAUAUAUAUAUAUAUAUAUAUAUAUAUAUAUAUAUAUAUAUAUAUAUAUAUAUAUAUAUAUAUAUAUUAGUACCAAUUUGUGUUUUCCUUUUAUCGUUCAUUGAUUUGUAAUUUGCUUAUCAUAUAAGGUAUAAUGCAUUUUAUGCUGAAUGACUUCACAAGCUUAGCAUUACUAUGUAUGAAAAAGAGACGUAACAUUAAAGCAAAAGAGACUAUCCGUUAUUGCAAACUGUUGCACAUUUCUUUAAAAGUGUUUUAUUUUCUAGUUUGAUUAAAGCAGCACGCCUCCAGAUCCAUGCUCAUUUUCAUUACAAGAACAAUCUUAAAAUGUGUUUAAAAGUAAUUUACAUACAUAGCAAGCGAAAAGACAAUCUACGAAAAUGUCAAAAAAUAGGUCAGAAUAUGCAAAAAUAUAAAGUCAGUAAUUGCAUAAACUAUGUAAAUUACUUCUGGAAUUGUAAAUAUUUUAACUUUUUAAACAUUUUUCUCGAAUUUUUCUUGAAAUGCUUGGCUCAUCAGGGGAUAUGCUGCUUUAAAACCUUACUAUGUGACAUGGAAAGAAUAGUGUACACAAUUAAAGCAUGACACGUGCAUUCGCUUUUAAAUAAACGUUUAAACACGAUAAAAUAACGCUA